UCAGUAAAUACCUGUAAUAUCCUCACAUUCGUGAGUUUUGAAGCGAGCAGUAAUAUCUGGAAGAGUUUAUCAUCUGAACUGAUAUCUGCUGCUGUGAAAAUUAUGUUUAUUAAAGAAGAGAGAGAAGAGAACACGAGUGAACCAGAAACCUGGAGAAUAAAACGCGAGGAACCAGAAACCUGGAGAAUAAAACGCGAGGAACCAGAAACCUGGAGAAUAAAACAAGAGGAACCAGAAACCUGGAGAAUAAAACAAGAGGAACCAGAAACCUGGAGAAUAAAACAAGAGGAACCAGAAACCUGGAGAAUAAAACAAGAGGAACCAGAAACCUGCAGAAUAAAACAAGAGGAACAAGGAGAGUACAUUGAAGAAAAAGAGGAAAAUGAAGAAUCAAAUCAUCAAGAGAAGCAGCAUGCAUGUGAUCAAUGCGGUAAAAUGUUUUUAUGGGCUUCACUUCUGAAGAAACACUUGAAAGUUCAUGUAAAGAAUAAGCCACAUUCAUGUCAUUUGUGUGGUAAGAGUUUUUUGCAUCUACAAAGUUUGAAAGAACAUCUUCAGAAAAUACAUACUGGUGUGAGAGAGUACAUGUGCUCUGAGUGUGAGAAGACUUUUAGUUCAGUGAGCAGUUUAAAACUACAUGAGAAGAUCCACACUGGAGAGAAACCUUACAAGUGUUCACACUGUGACAAGAGAUUCAGUCAAUCAUCAAAUCUGAAAAAACAUGAGAGGAUCCACACUGGAGAGAAACCUUACAAGUGUUCACACUGUGACUGGAGAUUCUUUCGUACAGGAAAUCUGAAAAGACAUGAGAGGAUUCACACUGGAGAGAAACCUUACAAGUGUUCACGCUGUGACAAGAGAUUCAGUGUUACAUCAGGUCUGAAAACACAUGAGAGGAUUCACACUGGUGAGAAACCUUAUAAAUGUUCACACUGUGACUGUAGAUUCAGUCGUUCAGGAAAUCUGAAAACACAUGAGAGAAUUCACACUGGAGAGAAACCUUACAAGUGUUCACACUGUGACGAGAGAUUCAGUGAUUUGACACAUCUGAAAAGACAUGAGAGGAUCCACACUGGAGAGAAACCUUACAAGUGUUCACACUGUGACGAGAGAUUCAGUGAUUCGACACAUCUGAAAACACAUGAGAGGAUCCACACUGGAGAGAAACCUUAUAAGUGUUCACACUGUGACUGGAGAUGCAGUCAUUCAUCAAGUCUGAAAACACAUGAGAGGAUCCACACUGGAGAGAAACCUUACAAGUGUUCACACUGUGACAAGAGAUUCAGUGUGUCAUCAAGUCUGAAAACACAUGAGAGGAUUCACACUGGUGAGAAACCUUAUAAAUGUUCACACUGUGACUGUAGAUUCAGUCGUUCAGGAAAUCUGAAAAGACAUGAGAGGAUUCACACUGGAGAGAAACCUUACAAGUGUUGACACUGUGACAAGAGAUUCAGUGUUACAUCGAGUCUGAAAAGACAUGAGAGGAGUCACACUGGAGAGAAAGCACAUCACUGCAAUGUACGUGAGAAGUGUUCCAUUGAGUCAUCUGUUAUACACAGUCAAACAAAAAACAAUCACAGUAAGGCCCUGUACACGCGGAGACACAUUUAGUUGUUAUGUAAAUAUUUUGUAUGGUAUAUGCGUUUUGUCCAGACGGAUCCAGCAUUUUGGGAGAGUGAAUUCACUUUUUUUUUUUUUUUUUUUAAACCAGGUCCCAGAGUGGAUAAAUCUGAAAAUGACACCUUUGGGGUUUUGUGUUCUGCCAAUCCAUAUAUUUAGUUAAACAAUGAUGUCAUCACCCCACGUCUCUACUAUAGUCAGACACC